UCCUGCCUCAGCGAAGGGACGCGAUGACGGCACUCUGCUGAACUACCACGCACGCUGCCCUCGGAAGCAGUCCGCCUCCAAAAUGCAGCCGUGACCCCCCACCCGCACCCCGAGCGGCCGCGCGGAGCCGCUGGUGCGGCGGGGGGCGGGGCGAAGGGCGGCCGCGGCUUCCGCCUUGCCGCCGAGGCCGCGGGUGGCGCGAGCGGCGAUGGCGUUGCUGCUGCCGCGCAUAGAGCGGCUGUCGUCGCGCGUGGUGCGCGUGCUGGGCUGCAACCCGGGGCCCAUGACGCUGCAGGGCACCAACACCUACCUGGUGGGCACCGGGCCGAGAAGGAUCCUUAUUGACACUGGGGAGCCAGCUAUUCCUGAAUAUAUUGGCUGUUUAAAACAGGCACUGUCAGAGUUCAACAUCUCAAUUCAGGAAAUCUUAGUGACUCACUGGCAUCAUGAUCAUACUGGUGGAAUACCCGAUAUCUGUAAAAACAUCCCAAAUGACUCUGAAUAUCGCAUCAGUAAGCUUCCACGUGUCCCUCAUCAUGAAGAAAUAAUAGGAGAAGGGGAACAUAAGUAUUCAUAUCUUAAAGAGGGAGAUGUGUUACAGACAGAGGGAGCCACACUCAGAGUUUUAUAUACACCUGGGCACACUGAUGAUCAUAUGGUUUUACAUCUAGAAGAAGAAAAUGCUUUAUUUUCCGGUGACUGUAUUUUAGGAGAAGGAACAACAGUAAUUGAAGACCUGUAUGAGUACAUGAGAACUUUGAAAAGAUUAUUACAAAUGCAACCAGAUUUAAUAUAUCCAGGUCAUGGCCCAGUAGUACAUGAUGCAAAUACUAGAAUUCAAGGAUACAUUUCUCACCGAAAUGCACGUGAACAGCAAAUUCUAAGUGUUUUCCAGAAGAAUGCUGGAAAAUCAUAUACAUCCUCGGAGCUUGUGAAGAUAGUAUACCAGGACAUUCCUGAGAAUUUACUUAGAGCAGCAGAAAAUAAUCUCAUAGUCCAUCUGAAGAAGUUGGAAAAAGAAGGAAAAGUGUCAGUACAUGAGGCCAACUUGAGAUGGAAAAGCAAUUUGUAAAUUACCCAAGAUUGCUCAAGGAUUUUCUCAAUCUGCACAGUAGCUACGUGAAAAAUUAGAGUAAUCCAGAUGAUCUCAGAUAAUAUGUAAAAUUAAAACUGAUUCUUCUUUCAUUUAAAAAAAGUGCUCACACAAUUUCAAGGCACUGUUACAGUCAGUUAACUAAUAUUUUUCAUGUUCUACUUUAUGGGAAUUUAAAAAAUAACUUGAUAGAUACUGAGUUAAUAAAAUGAAAUUAGUGUGUAAAACUGCAUGUUACCUCUGUUUUAAAAUACUGAUAUCAGGACUCUGUUAUGAAAUAGUGAUGUCUCAUUACCUUCCUGAGUUAGACAAGAAAACUCCUGGCAGGCAAAAUGUCACUGAACCAUUUUCUUCUGUUUUACUAUACUUCAUUUAAAAUAUGUCAGAUUGGCUUUUGAAGUGAGUUGCCAUCCUUUGGAAGCUGCAGGCAGUGAAGAAAGAGGUAUGAUACAAUUCAAAGAAUUAUGUGUUCCUUGUGCUUCAGCAAGCACAGAAAAUUCUUGGGAGAAAUAGCAGUUUAACCAGACUUAAGUUGUCAUUAGUGAUCAUAUAUGGUGUUUCUGAAAUAUUAAAAGCAAAGAUUGCAUUAUGAUUUAUAUACAGUGAAGAAUACUUAUCUGUUAUGACAUGUUGUAACAGUCUUAGACUCCUUGUUGACUGUGAGUUUUUAAAUCAGAAGGAAUGUUUAUCUAAAAAUGUAAUAGUAAUGUAAGCCAUGUGCCAUGCAUAUAUAAAAGUAGGGAUUAGCCUAUUUACAUCCAGUGCAUUGAAUGCAUUCAUCUUUGCAGAACGCAUUAAAGAUAAAUAAUAAAAACAGGAGAAGGAGUCUCAUCAAGAUGGAAGAGCAAAUUUGGUUCAAUGCAUUAACUGUCCAAAGGGCUGGGGAUAGAAGUUGAAAGGAACAUGGACUAGGUUUCCAGGCACCUUCCUGAUAGCUAAUUUUAAUUCCCAGAAAUAGCAUACAAAAGGUAGGUAGAAUCAUUUACUAGAUUUAAGAGCUUGGAAAGAAGUUCAAUGGUAGAUAUAACCAUUUUAGUUUAUUUUGUUUCUAUCACUAGUUUCCUUUUUGGUUUUUUGUUUGUUUUUGCUUAAACCUCAUUCUUGCUUAUGUCUUUAGGUGUAGUUGGUGAUGAGUAAAUUCAGAAAAGGUCAGCAAAUAGGAGGGGCAUUGUUCUGUGUGUGUCUGUUAGUUCUAGUGUAGUGAUGUGCUUCCUGACAAAUUCUCCAGGGUCUUGCAAUCUGAAACAGUUUUCAGGCUAUCAGAAACUUCCUUCCUAAAUGACAGGAUCAUUUUUGAAACCUGGUCUUUCUAAAUACUGAAAUCUGGAAAGAAACUUGGCAAGUAUAGAGCAGCAUCCCAUAAACAAGAAGCAGACUGGAUUGACAGCUGACAGUCUUAGGUGUUUUAUGUCAUUACACUUGGCCUAAAGAGCUAUAAGAAACAUCAUGUGGCACAAGAGGGAACUCCAGCAAAAGGAAGAUUUGGAAACUGUUCAGAUGAGGCAACAGGUGGCCCUGUUUUUCUUUUUGGUACAGCAGUUUAUAUUGUAUCAUCAGGAUGAACACAAAAACAUGUUGAAACCAAGAAGCUGUAUGUGUCUAUAUGAGAGAGGAAUAUAGCCAGAUGCUCAAGGCAUUUGCUGAUUAUAGCUUGAGAAAAGGAUGUUCCAUCCCAGUCUUAGUUAAAUCCUGUGCCUUACAUUCUGUGGAGAUGACCUGAUUUCUUUUUAGAUUGAGGUGGGGAAUGGAUUCAAGACUAUAUUGCAAAAAGGAUUUUAAUUUUUAUCACAUUCCAACCAAAUGAAUUUCAUUUCUGCAGUAUAUUACAUCCAUAUCUAUAUGGUAUGCAAUUAGGGGUACACUUCUAUCAUCAUUGUUGAAAUAGUGUUCUUUUUACUUCAGAGUUACAAAAUACUGGUAUAGCCAAUAUCGAUAUUGGAGGGAGGGAUUUCUAGGGUGUAAAACAUCUUGGUGUCAAAAUAUGAAUGCUUGUUCAAAAUCAGCUUCUCUUUCUUUAAAUUAAAAGAAGGAAGGAAACUUUCCUGUUGUUUUUAGUACCCUAGAUCAUCUCCAGAUACCAAGAAUCCCUGUCUCCCUCACUUAAUAAAUUUCUAUGGUAUUUCCUGAGCAUUUUCACAGCUAGCUUUAUUCAUUGCAUUUUACCUGUGGUUCAGAAAAUUCUUAAUUUAAUGCUUGAGCCUGAUUGUAAGUCUGGCUUUUAUUGACAAGUCUUGUUCAAAAUCCUGACCUGCAUGUCAGCUUCAGAACCAUUAUUCCUGUGUAUGUUUUUAAAUUAUUUUCAUUUUCCUUUUUUAUAUAUGAAAGAUACUGCAACUGUAAAUAAUCAGUCUGCACAGCUCCCAGAUUAAGGGAUGUUACAAUUUUAAACCCGAGUUUCAAAUUUAGCAGCAAUUAAUCAUUUCAAGAUAUGUUGCUUUAUACUACAGUUCCGUUCUCAGGGAACUGUGUCAUUUUGUUCUUUUAACCCAGUGAAUUCUCUCCUCUUCCUGCCCAUAUUGAUCACAUCAUUCCUUCAUAUCAUCUUUAUUGCAUUUCUCAGUUCUUACCUUUCUCAGUUCUUCCUUUCCUGCUUGUUUAACACAAUUCAUUCUAAACAGAGAAAUUUUGAUUGUCACCCACUAAUUCUAAAAGCCUAGCCUACUUACUGGUAAAGUAAUUCAACACAGACUGUUGAACGCUUAUAUAAUUUUUUUUUUUAAUCUUACAGUUAAUGGGUGUCAAGGAAAGUUGCUUUCAGGAGCAAGAGGCUCUGAGACAUUUUUGUCCUACUUCUGUGUCUUCAUUCCUACACACAACAUGUGGACUAGUAUUCUAAUAAAAGCAAUAUAGCAGGGACAAAUUAGGAAGACAGCAGUUUGAUCACCAGUGUUAUAAAGCAGAUGAACUGUUGCCUUCUAGAAAAACAAACUUCUUGUCAGUUUUACAUGUAGGAAGAUCAAGGCAAUAGUCCACACCGAAGGCUAGAGACAAUAAUUUUGCUAAAAUGUUACUGGAAAAAUUAAGAACACCAAAUACUUUUAGGAAUUUUUGUCUUGACAGUGAAUUUAGGCAUUAUGUGUCUUUCUGAUACUUUGACUAUGAUAACAAACCUGGAGAAUUUCUGAAUUUUAGUCUACAAAACAUGAAAUUGUUUAUGAAGGAAAACUCAAAAGAUACCAACUGAGGAGGAUGGCAAAGCAUGGCAACAUUAAAUACAAUCUUCAGUUUUGUUACUAGCACUGGAAUAUUUGAACCCUUUGAACGUUAUUUCACAGUGAUGUUACUGAAGUAGUGUACCUCUUAAUUUAAGGAAAUUAUGCGUGACAAGAUGCAUUUCAAGUUACUCAUUACCUGUUAUUUUCUCAUCAGAGAAGGUGAUUUUAGAUUGCGAUUUCAUCUAAGAUGUUUCUUUUCUACAUUUGUGGUAUUUUUUACUAUAACACUUAAGAGCUAUGUUAAUGAUAUGUAAAGACUUACUAAAAUACUGCAUUUAUACAUGUAUUGUUACUUCUGUGCACUUUAAUAAAGUGAAAUAAGAAUUACAA